AUGGCGACAUUUCAACGUCAGAUAUUGACCGGCUGCGGACGGCGAGACGGGGCCCAAGUACACGAAGCCGUCCACACGAUGAUGCAUUUACACAGGCGUAAUACGAAUGCUUCGUUAUUCGCGCCCGCUGCCAGAAUAGAGCGAUUGUACGAUGCUAUGACGGGAUGGGAAUUGGAAAAUGUUGCUCCUCGCUUCAUGCUAAACGAGUCCGCGCGCUUGACCUGGGAUCGAGUCCAACCUUUCGACAAUCUGAGAGUCGAAGAUCACCAGGGACUUAUCAUUCCCGGUGGCAUCGGCAUAUUUCCUAAAAGGCAAAGCGAUCUGGUACGCAUGAAUCGCUUUUUAGUUGCUGGGGAGAGAAUGGGAGCGACACUUGUGUAUCAGAACAUUUUCCGAGUCUUGCACGACACGAAUUACCACAUUUACAGUUCACCCAGCGUCCUGACAAUGGCAUCUCCGCCCGAAAGAAUCUAUUACAACAUAAGUCAGGGCAUCGGCAAUCUCGUCGACCAAAUGGUACAGUCACUCGGUGAUAAUGAGUGA